ACUAGAGAUUACAAUUUCUUCUUUGUCAUUAUAGAUAACUUGAGUUAUUUUACAUAUCUUUACUCAGUAGCUCUUUGAUUAUUAAAUGGGUUUCUGGCAAAAUAGAUACCAUGAAACUGUGUCUUCAGAAUAUUGACUUUGAGGCACAAUAGAUCAGAACAGGUAAAGUCUGGGGUCUGAGAGUGAUCUCAAGGCAGCUGAAUGGGUGAAGAACCCUGAAUCAAAAUUUUAUAGGAUUCUAAUAAGGUAGUUAUGUCUAUCCCAUGAGAUUGAAAUUGUUCUGCAGUUAUGAAUUAUCACUGUCUUAUUUGCCUAGCCCUCUGCCAGGUUGAGGGUUGGAAUGAAGGAAGGAAGGAAGGGAAAAAAGCUUCUAAACUUUCCUGAGAGUGUAGCUGAAGAAGAAGAAACUACACCUAAAUAAAUCUGGGACAGAAAGGAGUAUAGAGAAAUAAACCAAGAAAUCUUGUCUAACUUCCUUAAAUUGUAUCUCCCACACUUCCUAGUCAAUUGCAUCGAGUAGGGUCCAAUAAAAAUGCAGUGCGCAUAGUAUGUGCACAAAUAACUUAAGAUCAUUCUUUUUCAUCUCUCGAGUUAAGAGACUGGCACUCUCAUCCAUCAUCUAGAGUGAAACGUGUUUAGAUAAUGUUAAUGGGAACGCACACUCCCUGUUCCGGUGUUUCUCCCCAAGUCUCUUUCUCUGACUUCCUUGCACAUGGCAGGAGGGAACCAGAGCAGCGUGUUUGAGUUCCUCCUCUGGGGACUCUCCGAGCAGCCAGCGCAGCAGCACAUGCUCUUUCUGCUGUUCCUGUGGAUGUAUGUGGUCACUGUGGCUGGGAAUCUGCUCAUUAUCCUGGCCAUUGUUACCCACACCCAUCUCCACACACCCAUGUACUUCUUUCUGGCCAGCCUGUCCUGGGCAGACAUCCUUUUCACCUCCACCACCGUGCCCAAGGCCCUGGUGAACAUCCAGACCCAGAGCAGGUCCAUCUCCUAUGCAGGGUGUCUGGUUCAGCUCUACUUCUUCUUGACGUUUGGGGACAUGGACAUAUUUCUCCUGGCUGCCAUGGCCUAUGACCGCCACGUGGCCAUCUGCCACCCUCUCCACUACACCAUGGUCAUGAGCCGCCAACGCUGUAUCGUCCUGGUUACCGCCUGCUGGACCCUUACAAGUCUUGUGGCCAUGACACACACUUUCCUCAUAUUCCGACUUUCCUUCUGCUCUAAGAAGAUCAUUCCAGAUUUCUUCUGUGACCUGGGACCCCUGAUGAAGUUGUCUUGCUCUGACACGCGGGUCAAUGAGCUUGUGCUCCUCUUCUUGGGGGGAGCAGUCAUUUUAAUCCCCUUUAUGCUCAUCCUGGCCUCUUACAUCCAUAUCGUUUCAGCCAUCUUCAGGGUCCCCUCUGCCCAAGGAAGGUACAAGGCCUUCUCUACCUGUGGAUCCCACCUUGCUGUUGUUGCCUUGUUCUUUGGGACUGUGAUCAGGGCUUAUCUGUGCCCCUCAUCCUCGUCCUCCAACGCAGUAGAAGAGGAUACAGCAGCUGCUGUCAUGUAUUCAGUGGUGGCUCCCCUGCUAAACCCUUUCAUUUACAGCCUGCGAAACAAGGACAUGCAGGGAGCCCUGGGGAGACUUCUGAGGGGCAAAGUCUCCUCAUGGGGACAGUGACUUUGCAGAGAAACUGUGCGAAUUCUCCAUCUCUUCACUGAGGAUUGCCACAGAAAUUUCUACCUCAGGUGUCUCAAUUCUAAGUCUCACAUACACCUUAUUGCCACUCCCCUCCCCCUGACGCUCCACCAUGGGUUUGAUAUUCUUAGGAAAAUCAAGGUUUGGCAUCUUUCUUUAAAGUUAGUCUGUUAAGAGUUGUUUCUUUAUUCACGUGUUUUACUUGUAAGUUUUCAUAAGGAAAAGUAUCUUCUAUGAUGUUCAUAAUUCUAAAGUCUGUGCAGCCUUUUAUUCUAAUAAUUAAAACUUGAUCAGUGAGGUCAUGGAAAGUAGGUUAAUAAUCAAAAUAUUAGCAAGUAAGGUCAAUAUUGGAUGACAAAGAGUUUACAACUGGAAGGGAACAAGUAUAUUUUUCCUAUAAAAAGAGGAAAUUACUGGAGUUCCUGUUGUGGCUCAGUGGUUAACGAAUCUGACUAGGAACCAUGAGGUUGUGGGUUUGAUCCCCGGCGUC